AUGUGUUCCCCCGUCGGGCACAGUGGGGCCCGGCUUGAGCUCCGGGGUCCAGGCUGCGAGGCCGGCGGUCCAGGCCGGGGCAUGGCUGAGGAGGACGUGGAGUCGAGAGAGGAUGCCGGGGCCAGCCGACGGAACAACCGCAUCCUUAUGAGCGGCUUCUCCAUGCUCAAGAAGAAGAGCAGCAAGCUAAAGAAAGCGGCCAGCAUGGAGGAAGGGGAUGAGGACCCGGACUCCCAAGGCAGCCAGAGCCGAGGGGCGAGCCGGCAGAAGAAGACCAUGAAGCUGUCCCGCGCCCUCUCGGACCUGGUGAAGUACACCAAGUCUGUGGGCAUGCACGACGUGGAGGCGGAGGUGGCGUCCAGCUGGCAGGUGUCGUCCUUCAGCGAGACCAGGGCUCAGCAGAUCCUGCAGCAGAAGCCGGCCCAGUACCUCCGCUUCAACCAGCACCAGCUCUCCCGCAUCUACCCCUCCUCCUACCGCGUGGACUCCAGCAACUACAACCCGCAGCCCUUCUGGAACGCGGGCUGCCAGAUGGUCGCCCUGAACUACCAGUCGGAGGGGCGGAUGCUGCAGCUGAACCGCGCCAAGUUCAGUGCCAACGGGAACUGUGGCUACGUGCUCAAGCCGCAGUGCAUGUGCCAGGGCAUCUUCAACCCCAACUCCGAGGACCCUCUGCCCGGGCAGCUCAAAAAGCAGCUGGUGCUCCGGAUCAUCAGCGGGCAGCAGCUCCCCAAGCCAAGGGAUUCAAUGCUGGGGGACCGAGGCGAGAUCAUUGACCCCUUUGUGGAGGUGGAGGUCAUCGGGCUCCCCGUGGACUGCAGCAAGGAGCAGACGCGAGUGGUGGACGACAACGGAUUCAACCCCGUGUGGGAGGAGACCCUGGUGUUCACUGUGCAUAUGCCUGAGAUCACACUGGUGCGCUUCCUCGUCUGGGACCAUGACCCCAUUGGGCGGGACUUCAUUGGCCAGAGGACACUGGCCUUCAGCAGCAUGAUGCCAGGCUAUCGGCAUGUGUACCUGGAGGGGAUGGAAGAGGCCUCCAUCUUUGUCCACGUGGCCGUCAGUGACAUCAGUGGUAAGGUCAAGCAGGCUCUGGGCCUAAAAGGCCUGUUCCUCAGAGGCCCAAAGCCCGGCUCCCUGGACAGUCAUGCUGCUGGGCGGCCCCUGCCCCGGCCUUCCGUUAGCCAGCGGCUCCUGCGGCGUACGGCCAGUGCCCCGACCAAGAGCCAGAAGCCGGGCCACAAGGCCCUCCCGGAGCUGGUUCUGGGCACGCGGGACACAGGCUCCGAGGGGCAGGCCCGUGACGUGGCGGCCCCCAGCCCCGGCCCCGCUCUGGAGGCCUCAGCCCCCGAGGAGCCCGGCAGCCCCCGAGAUACCCGCCCCUUCUCCGUGCAGAGGACGGGCUCCUCCCUAUGUGGUCUGGAAACCAUCGCCGAGGAGCCAGCCCCGGGCCCCGGCCCCCCACCUCUGGCGGCUGCCCCCGCCAGCCCCUCCCCAGGAGGGCCCCCGCGCGCCUGGGGCCCCCGCGCCAAAGUGGCGAGCCCCCCAGCGGUAGCUCUGGGAGCUUCCGCGCCCUUCCAGCCCAGGACCCAGAGCCGAGGGGACAUGGAGCCGGCCCUGGAGAGCCGGCGGAGCGUGUACAAUGGCGGGGGCCCCGGGGGGGCACGUGAGGGGGCCCCUAGCAGCCAGAUGGUCCGAAAGGCCGAGAGUGAGGGGCAGGUGCCCUCGGAGCUCCCGGGCGGAUGGCGGCCCCUGGCUGGGCCCUGCCCCACCGUGUACUCAGACGUCACGGGCGGAGACCGGCUGUGGCGGCGGCUGGAACCAGGGGGCCAUCGCGACAGCGUGUCCUCGUCCUCCAGUGUGUCGUCCAGCGACACGGUCAUUGACCUCUCCCUGCCGGGCCUGGGUCUGGGCCUGGGCCGCGAGAGUGCCCCGGGGGCUCCAGCCGGACGCCUGCCCCUGCGGCCCUGCUCGGCCACGGCCGCCCGCCUGGACCUGCCUGCUGUGACCAAGAGCAAAUCCAGCCCCAACCUGCGGGCUGCCAGCCAGCUGCCUGCAGCACCGGAAGACCUUCCGCCGCUGCCCCCCGCCCCCAGGCCGCCCUGGGGCCGCCUCCCUCUGGCGGGCCUCCGGGACUGCCCUGCAGCCGCCAAGUCCAAGAGCCUGGGGGACCUGACUGCUGACGACUUCGCGCCCCGGGGGGAGCUCCCGGGCCAGAGCCUGGGCCUGGCGGGGCAGGGGCGGGCCGGGCAGGGGGCGCGGCGGGACGCGCUGACGGAGCAGCUGCGCUGGCUCACAGGCUUCCAGCAGGCUGGCGACAUCACCUCGCCCACCAGCCUGACUGUGGGCCUGACUGUGGCGGGGGAAGGGGCGCCUGGGCCCCCCGGCUUCCUGCGGCGCUCCUCCUCUCGCAGCCAAAGCCGCGUGCGCGCCAUCGCCAGCCGGGCCCGGCAGGCCCAGGAGCGGCAGCAGCGGCUGCAGGCCCCACGGGCUCCCCCGGGGGAGGAGCGGGGCACCCCCGAGGGUGCCUGCUCAGGGGGCCGCGGGGGCUGGGGGGAUGUGCCGGCCCCCGCCAAGGGCUCUGCCGCCACGGGCCUCCUGCUCCGACUCUGA